CAGCGUUUGCGCUGUACACUACGUUCGCGGUCGUGCGAAAGUCCACAUGAGGCUGUUGCCAGUUAUUGAUCCUAGCACGCUUAAACAACACUGCAUUGCUGUCAACUAGGAAAACAAUUCCCGUCGACGCAGCGCGUUCGUAAAAUAUCAUCUGUUAACGGGCUUAAAGGACGAUUCGUGAACGUACCUAUUUCACGUCGUGUUAGUUACGUCGAUUGGGACUUUACCGAUAUUCUUGAUCAACUUCUCUCGAAAAUCGAUGCACGUUCAUCGUUCUGUCAAAAUGUAAAAAAGGUUUCUUUCUUGGUAGCAGUAUCCGGCGGGUGAAGGAGCGAAAGAGAGAGAGAGCGAGAGAGAGAGAGGGAGAGAAAGAGAGAGAGGGAAGUGAUAGAUAGAUAGAGUGGUGGGAGAAGGAGUGGGAACAAGAGAAAAGUAGACAGAACGAUAGACAGAGAGGGAGAGGGUGGGAGAGAGUGUGUGAGAGAGAGAGAGAAAGAGUGGGAAGGAGAGAAAGGGAACAAGAAAGACAAGUAGACGAAGAUAGAGAGGGAGAAAGAGAAGUCGAGCAACGUCACAAGAGAAAAGAUCCGUCAUCAGGAUUUUAUUCGCUCCUCUUUCUCUAAUGACAAGAGAUAGAGAAGGAAUAUAUAUAUAAAAAAUAAAAAAAAAAAAAACGGACCAAAAAAUCGAUUUCUUUUUAUCGUGCGAAUCUUUUUUCUUUUCUUUUUUUCUCUCGUAAGUCGUGCAAGUUCCGGUUAAGGCUACGAGCUCGUAACACGAAGAGACUUAGCGCGUUGUACGUACGUUGGCUGCACAUGUGAUCGUCCAAGGUGUCACCAUCAGCUCGAGAUGAAGAAGUUCACGAUCAAAGGGGUACUCGACGGUUUCCGUUCGUCGAUUCCUCAGCCAGCUAAGUCGGACCAGGAGAUCGUUGAAAAUCUAAGAUCCGAGCACUUUCAAGUCAAGAAGACAUUCAGACAUGGCUUUCCACAUCAACCGACAGCCGUUGCUUUCGACCCAGUUCAAAGGCUCCUUGCCAUUGGUACUAAAUCAGGAUCCCUCAGGAUUCUGGGUAGACCAGGCGUAGACGUUCACGUAAAGCACGAAGGGUGUUCGGCAGUGAUGCAGUUGCAGUUUUUGAUUAACGAAGGUGCUCUUAUUUCUGCGACCACCGACGACACUCUUCAUCUGUGGAACUUUCGUCAGAAGAUACCGCAGGUAGUGCAGAGUCUGAAGUUUCAACGAGACAGGAUAACCUGCAUCCAUCUGCCACUUCAGAGCAAAUGGCUUUACGUUGGUACCGAACGUGGCAAUAUUCAUGUACUCCACAUCGAAACGUUCGUUCUAUCCGGAUACGUAAUUAAUUGGAACAAGGCUAUCGAAAUAUCUAGAAAGACCCAUCCUGGUGCUGUAGUACACUUGAGUGAUAUUCCUUUAGAUUUGAGCAAGAUUCUGAUCGGAUAUGAAAGCGGACAGAUCGUCUUUUGGGAUUUGAAAACGAAGAGUGCGGAUUACAGAUGUCACAGCGACGAACCCUUGAAAUCAAUAACAUGGCAUCACGAAGGCAAACAAUUUAUGUCUAGUCACAGCGAUGGCUCGCUAUUGACUUGGACGGUGCGUCAAUUAAAGCCAACAAAUGUCACGCAUCCACACGCGAAAGCUACCAAAGACGGAGAGCCGGAACCAUGUAAAUCUAUACAAAAAGUGGAAUGGAAACUGUCAAGAUCCGGGGAAGCGUACGUCAUAUUUUCCGGUGGUUUAGCGUAUGACACAACUGGAAGAACUCCUAGUAUUACAGUGAUACACGGAAAAACCACGACGGUCUUAGAAAUGGAGCACAAUGUUGUAGAUUUUAUAACGCUUUGCGAAAGUCCUUGGACAAGUGAUUUCCAGGAUCCUUACGCUGUUGUGGUUUUACUACAGAACGAUCUUGUGAUCAUCGAUUUGUUAACUCCUGGAUUUCCAUGUUUUGAAAAUCCAUAUCCAAUGGACAUACACGAAUCACCUGUGACCUGUUGUGCGUACUUCGCUGAUUGCCCGUCAGAUUUGGUACCUGCUUUUUACUCGGUUGGAUCUAAAUCGCAAAAGAAAACUGGAUUCAGUGAAAAAGAAUGGCCGAUCUCAGGCGGAGAAUGGAGUUCUAGUUCGAGCAGUUACAAUGAAAUUAUUCUAACAGGGCAUGCGGAUGGUAGUAUAAAAUUUUGGGACGCUUCUGCCGGUACGUUACAAGUCCUUUACAAAUUAAAAACGGCAAAGCUUUUUGAAAAGAGUAGAGUCCGAAGCGUGGAUUCGGAGGAAGAUCCAUUGGCGAUACAGCUUAUUUAUCUCUGUCCUGAAAGUCGAAAGUUGGCGAUCGCUGGUUCGGGGAAAUACGUUGUAUUAUUUAAAUUUAAGAAGGCUGAAAGUAUAUCGGAAGUAGUCACAUUAGAGAUAUCAUUGAGCCAAAAUCCAUUGAGAGAAAUAGAAACUUCGCCGGAUCACGAUGCGCCAGCGACGGGCAAUGUUCCUUCAGGCGGGGAGUCCAAACACACAUCGGAAUAUAAUCAUCCAUUGAAAGUGAAGACCGGUUUACAAAAACGAGCUGCUGGCUUUCAAGCAACUUUGAUUUGUCUAACAAUCGCACCGAGCGGGGAACAAACUGAAAACAUAACAGCCCUCAGUUUAAAUUCAUCUUAUGGAUUAAUGGCCUAUGGAAACGAGACAGGGUUAGUAAUAAUCGAUAUCGUACAGAAAAUCUCUUUAAUAGUGCUGCACACGGCGGACCUUGGCGGAAGCGGUGAUCCUUACCAGCGAGUUCUGCGAAGUCCCAAGAGGCAAGAUGAUUCGAAGCGAGAAAACGAAGAUAAAGCAAGGAGCCCGAGUGCAGAUCAGCUAACUACUAUGUGUCUACCCACAUUGAAACAAACUCAGCCGGAAGCGACGAGGGAGAGCGAGCCGAUAUUAACGAUGCCGCUAGCAGAUACUCAUCAACAUCAACAGCAACAACAUUCUCAGUGUCAGCGUGCAUCGCCACGUGAUUCGAGUUGUCCAGUCGGAAGCAAUGUUGAAAAAUUGACCGAGGAAUCGACGAGCGAGGGCUCGGUCAAGCUCGUCUCUGGAAGUACAACUGCAUCGAACGGUGAAGACAGCCCGAAGAAUCAUGGUUGGAAGGGUUUUCGUCUGAAACGACAGCUCAGCAAGGUCGAUAUCAAGAUAAAGAAUACGUUUGCGUCGUCCUUGGUGUCAUCUCAGAAUGGGGUACUUCAGGUAGGCAGUGAGAGUGCCCCUCCGAAGAGUUCUUCCGUUUUUUAUUGCAACGUCAACGAGUCCUCGAGAGCUCUUUCACCGGUCGAAAGUCUUGAAACGGAGGAAGACGAGUCGGUCUCCUGUGCGAAUCCUUUGGGUCGCGAAAGUCCUCAAGCUUCUUGUCCUCAUGAUACGAAAAACGCAGAUACCGAAAGCGAGAGACAAAGCGGAGUUGAACGUAACGAAGCCGUCGAAAGAACUCACACGGCGAACGUUACGACGAUGGCUACGAACACGAUGGCCGCGAGACCUUUAGAAUUGUCCUUGCAUGAGAACGAUCGAAAGCCACGAUUGAAGAGGAUAGUGAUGGGGAUUCAGAGUAAGAGAGAGGGACGUCUACUUUCCGUGCCUAAUCUGAAAUACCAGAAAACUGAUGGAUCAACCGUUUGUGACCUAAGAUGCGAGGAUAACACGGCACCAGUCGCAGACUCCUUCACUGGAAAUCUUAUAAGAAGAUUCAGCCGGAUAGACAAAUUUGACGGUUCCUUUCAACGAUCACGGAGCUCAAGCAUGUCUUCGCUUGAGAACAUCACCACGGAAACCAUUAGCUGCCUUACGUUCGCUGACUCCUAUACGAAGAAAAGCGAUACCAGCACCUUACCCACUUUAUGGGUUGGUACGUCUUUGGGGUCCAUACAAACCAUCGUAUUUAAUCCACCUGUACCAGGCGAGAGACAUUCAUAUCCUGUGGUUGUUUCGACAUGUAAUGGAUCGACGUUCAAGUUGAAGGGUUGCAUCUUGUCGAUGUCAUUUUUGGAUUGCAAUGGCGCAUUGAUACCAUAUUCAUUUGAAUCCUGGAGAGAUGAGAACGUCGAUGGAGGAAAAGAACGUAACAAGAACCAAGGAAAAUGCAAUAGCCGAUUAUCACCGUCCUUGAACGCUCAAGUUACAACCGGGGAUGGUUUUGAGGAUCGGCAAUUUGUCGUCCUGACGUCUGAGAAGCAAGCGAGGGUCGUAGCUUUACCCUCUCAAGAUUGCGUCUACAGACAACAAUUGGCAGAGACUCAUAUUGUAAUCAAGGCAGAGGUUACGACUUUGAAAGAUAAUGUCUGCCUAGUAUGUUACGUCUCAAAUGGUCAUGUAUCUACGUAUAGUCUACCUAGUCUGAGGCCGCUAAUAGACGUCGAUUUUCUACCGCUUACAGAUUUGAGUUUUCAGACUACAAAACACGGCAUUGUAGACCCCAUGUUGUCCAUAUGGGGUCAUCAACUGUUUGUUAAUGGCGAUACCGAUCAGAUUGCGAAGACUCUUUGCUUCAGUAAUCGUGGCCACGGUCUGUAUCUGUCCUCGCCUACGGAGAUACAGAAGUUUUCAAUAUCAAGCGAAUUCUGCGGAGAAUUGACCGAAAUGAUGGGCGAUUUGUUUAUCGGUCACGAUAUGCCGGAACCACCUAAGGAAAGUUUCUUUAGGGGCCUGUUCGGUGGUGGUUCGAGAAGUCUCGAUAGAGAAGAGUUGUUCGGCGAAUCGAGUGGUCGUGCAUCUCGUACAGUUGCUAAACACAUCCCUGGUCCAAAUGCAGGCACGGAAAAUAUGAGAGAGCGCGUUACAGGGAUCACCGGUGAAAUUGCUCAGGCGCAUCACAUGGUAGUGGAGCGUGGAGAGAAGUUGUCACAUCUUGAAGAACGAACGGCUCGCAUGAUGUCCGAGGCUGAAAACUUUUCAACGUCGGCACACGGUCUGAUGCUGAAGUACAAGGAUAAGAAAUGGUACCAGCUAUGAGAGUAUCGCUUGAUUCGAAUCCGGAUACGAUUCAUAUGGACGAGUAUGGAAAUUAUAUGCAAGAAGUUGGCAUUUGCGAUUCAUCCAUGAAUUCUUCUCUCUUUGAUAAGAAAGCAAAAUUAACCGUAUUACAAGCUCCAAGUGUAUGCUCUAUGAGAAACAUGUAUGUAGGGAUAAAGAGUGAAUUAGAGUGGAAGUAUGAGAGAGAGAGAAAGAACGAGAGAGAGAGAGAGAGAGAGAGAAUGGGAGAGAGAGAGAGAGAGAGAGAGAGAGAGAGAGAGAGAAAAAUAUUAAUAGAUAAAAAGGAAUAUGAAAGAGAAAAAGAAAAAUUGAAUGUGUGAACGAAUAAAGUAUAGGAUCGAGAUGAUAAGGAAAGCCUCCUGCGCACGCGCACAUACACAUACACACAGUUUCCACACACACACACACACACAAACAACACAUUCACAUGAUCAUCUGUGCUGGUCACAGGUUAUAGGUACGCACAUUAGCAAGACGAAAUUGAGUGGAUGGUAGAUAAUAAAGCGAUUACAUAUACAAGGUCACUUCAACAACAACAUCGAUCAUAAUCUUUAUUCAAGAAAACAUUAAGACAUGAAAGAGGCGGUUCGAUAUGAGCUUAUAGUACGAAUCGCUUAAAAAUCAUAAAGGAGUGAGACGACGAUACAGGAGUCAAUACGAGCAAUUACGAAAUAAUUCGCCUUUUAAUCGAUGGUACUCGUUGAUUCAUUCGGAUGUCCUGCGCCAUUUAUGACGUCUUUACAUUACGCUCUUCUUUAUUGUCAAUGAAGUGAGGGAAAAAAAAUGCGACAACGGUGGAAUUUAAGUAAAACGAUAUAACAUCGUUUUACUUUCUCGUCUACUUUUUCACGAAGAAGAUAGGUAUUUAAUCACGGGGCAUGGAAUUAUCAAAGACAGCAGAAAUUCGAGGCGCAGCGAUUUUAUCCUCCGAAUGUAUUGACAAUAAAAAUAUAGUUAAUUAGUCGAACAUGCAGAGGAUUGGGUAAAAUAUCAAACGAUGAAGUAUAUAUUUUAUCCACGGAGGCGAGUUUUGUAGUAGGAAAAGGUAUACUGCGAAACACGUCACGCCGAUAAGAAUGUAUAAUUGUUAUCGAAUUGUAGUUAUCGCUAGACACGCUAAUGUAUAUAUAUAUAAUGGAAUGAGAAAAAAAAAGAAUACACACACCCACAUACACACAUACACACACAUACAUACACAAAGUAGGAAAGAUUAUGCGUUAUAAAAAGCUGUUUAUAAAUAAUGUGUUAUAAGUUACGCUACUUCAGCGUCGUUGGUGAAUUCAACUGAAUUUGUAAUGCAUAAAUGGCACGGAAGAGCAAACUAUUCUAAUUUUAACUGUACGUAUAGACUAGAUAACAUAAAGACAAUAUAUGAUAUACACACACGUGCGUUCCGGGCGCGCGCUUGUGCGGGUGCAAAAAAUUCAAUUGAAUUUAUCGAGGCUCUGAAUCGACGUACUGCUUCCAUAGCAAUAAUUGUAUAGUCGAUGUUAAUGGUACUAAUCACUUGCAUUAAUACUUAUAAAUGCAUCCUACAGACGAUUAACUAGAAUGCAUUCUUCGAGUUGUUUAAACUUCGUGGUAUGAUCUUUCUUGGACAAUAUAUUCAAAUCGCAUUGAAUUAAUCCCGUUAUUGUAUCGUGGGAUGUCUUCACUAUCAAUUAUUAGUACAAAACUCGCGAAUUCGGCGAGUCGUUGGAGACUUAAUAGGCGACAUUUACGAGAAAAAUAUAAUAAUGGAAACAUGUUAUUCGAGGCUAAGGAUCGAAUAAAACUUUCGGUUGUUCGGUAGGUACACUACAUUUGCGCUAUCCUACAUACAUCUAGAAUCAUUGCUCUUUGGAAAUCGGAGAUUCUGCAUGCGAGCGAUUUAAUGAUAGUAUACUAAUAAUUAAAAAAAAAAAAAGAAAAAAGAAAAAAAAAAGAAAAAAAAAGACAAAAAAGACAAAAAAAAGAAAGAAAAAAAAUAUAUAUAUAUAACAAAUUCAUAAGUGGAAGGCUAUUUUAACGCUCACACGAAGGGAAUGAACGUUUCUUCAGUUCGAAAAGAGAAAGUGUUUUUUCGGACUACUGUGAAAGUGGUUUUUUGUUGUAAUAAUGGAACUGUAGUUAAAUGUGCCAUAGUUAUGAAGGAAUAGAGAUAUAUAUAUAUUACCGUUUAAGUGUUUGAUAAUAUAAUAUACUCCACAACUUCCGUUGUACACGGUAAAAUAUCAUACUUUACAGAUUUCGACUACUUAUCUGUCGCAUCGGAACCUGCAAAGAUCUGUUUGAAAAUAAUUUCUCGAUAUAUAAAAUGUAGUUUCAGUUAUACUUAAACUUAGCUAACUAAUUUCGUUUUCGUUCCUCGAAUCAUUUUCAUACACGGUGCUUGUAAUCUUCGAUUGGUAAUUAUUUAGAUGAAAACAGAGCUGAAACUAUCUGUUGUAUAUCUUCAUAUCACGAUACAAACUAUUGUCACGUACUUGAUUGAAUAAACAUUAAUUUUGCCUAUUCCUUGUGCGUGCCGUUACAUGCAUAUAUUAAGUUAUUAUACUCGACUUGAAAUUAUAUUAUAAACCAGCAUUAGUAUUAUACAUAAUAUUAUGUAAA